CCGCCGCCCCCCGGCCCCGGGGACUGCAGCGCGUCCGGCGCGCUGGGCCGGGGCCGCUAAGAGGAGAUUACGCUACGGAAGACGCUGGCGAGCGGGUGGGCUGGCGGGGCCGCCGAUCGAGAGGCCCUGUCCUGCAGCUCCGCGGCAGGACAAAGGUUGAGGCAGGUUCCGCAGCGUCCAAGGGUCGCGGCUUUGAGCGGAGCGGAGGCCGAGGCCGUGCGCCGAGACCGGGAGCGGAGACACGAUGUUUUCUGGAAAUGACUGUCGGUCCCGAACAUCCACCAAACCAGCACUUUGUGAAACAGAAGCGGCUGAAUUGGUUGACAGGGUGUUUGGAUUAAAGGUGUCUUGGAUCAGGCCACUCCCCAGCUAUGAUGAUCAGAAUUUCCAUGUGUGUGUCUCAGGGAACAAAGGUGCGACCAAAGGUGCUGACGAGUAUGUCCUCAAAAUAACCAAUGCAGAAGACAGCCAGGAGCCUGAGCUCAUUGAAGCACAAACCCAGGCCAUGAUGUUUCUCAGAACUGAAGGUUUUCCUUCUGCUACUCCUUAUCUCACAAAACAUGGGAACAUAAUGUCUCUGGAGCCAGAAGCUCCUGGUCCUGGGCACAAGCAGUACAUGGUGAGGCUGCUGACGUACCUGCCAGGUACCCCUGUGGCGAAAGUCACUGCGAACGCGCAGCUUUUCUAUGAGAUUGGUAGGCUGGCGGCCAGCAUGGAUAAAGCUCUCUCAGAGAAAUUCCAUCAUCCAUCAGUAAAAAGUCUGCAUCGAGGUCAGUUCAUUUGGAACCUGGCAAAUGUUCCCCUUCUAGAUCAGUACCUUUCUGCUUUGGGCCAGAACAAAUAUCGUCAAGUUGUGGAACAAGUUAUUGAGCAGUUUAAAGGGAAAGUAAUACCCAAGCUAAGCAGUUUUCGACCCUGUGUCAAUCAUGGGGAUCUUAAUGACCACAACAUCCUCGUAGACUCGAGUUCUGCUUCCCAGGAGAAUCCUCAGUACCGAGUAUCUGGCAUCCUGGAUUUCAGUGACAUGAGUUACGGAUAUUAUGUAUUUGAAGUUGCCAUAGCGAUCAUGUACAUGAUGAUUGAAAGCCCAGACCCUCUGAGUGUGGGAGGGCAUGUUCUGGCAGGCUUUGAAAGCGUCGUGCCCCUCACAGCGGAGGAGAGGGAUGCCCUCUUUCUCUUGGUGAGCGGAAGGUUCUCUCAGUCCCUUGUAGUAGCAGCCCACACGGCUCAGCUGUACCCAGAGAACAGGGAAUACCUCAUGAUCACAGCCAAAACCGGCUGGAAACACUUAAUGACAAUGUUUGAGGUGGGCCAAGAAGCAGUGGAGAAGACGUGGUUUGAGACUGCCCGAACAUACACGAACCACGCACCUGCCCGGCAGGUGGAUGGCUGCUGUGGUACUUGAUGGGUGAGCCCUGGCUCCUGUAAUAAAGGCGGCUGUGCCUG